AAUGAAUACACCUCCCAUGUUGGAUAACUGAAGAAAACAAUGCAUACCAAAUGUGUAUAUUUGGUUGCCUUGGCAUUGAUAAUAUAUUCCAGCAUCUACAUGUACAUAUUAAAGAGAAUAAAUUGCAAUAAACAAAUGCGCAAGGAAACACUGAAAUCAUCACUUCCCUGGGAUAUGGGUAAUAGGAAAACAAUUGUCACAAAAGAGGGAACAAAUGAGAGGCAAGAGACAAAAGCUGUCACACAAGAGGGAACAGAUGUCACGCAUGAAAGAUUAGAUGUCACAAAGGAGGUAUCAUAUAUGCUCCAGGGAUUAGAUGUAGCACAAAAAGAAUUAGAUGGCACAAAGAAGGAAUACAUCACAGUGUCUCAAGAAGAUACUAUUGCCACAACUGAAGUGUCAAAACCUACAGCAGUUCGUUAUAAGCCUUCACUUCCCCCUGUACUAUCUAUUUGUGAAAUAUCUCCUGACACUAUGGGCGAACAUAAUCACAGAAAUAUCACAGAUUUGGAAACAAAUACAACAUUGAUUAUGUAUAACAGAGUGCCAAAAUGUGGUUCAACAACCAUGGACUACUUUCUUAAACAUCUUUCCAAGAAAAAUAUAUUCUUCUACAAGAGAUCAACUGAGUAUAAUCACUGGCGACUGGAUACACAAAAACUAGAAAAAUUCAUCAAAUCAAUCAAAGAUAAAGUCCACAGAAUGUAUCCCUGUGAUAAAUUUGUAUAUGAUAGGCAUAUACACUAUAUUGAUUUUACCAUGUUUGGUAUAGGACAGCCACUGUAUUUUAACAUCAUAAGAGAUCCAGUCGAAAGAGCUCGAUCCCACUAUUACCAUAACAGAUUAAAGAAAGAUACUAAAAGGAUGAGACAGUAUAGCGCCUUUCAAAAAAAUCAAACUUUCGAGGACUGCAUUUCUGAAAGUUUGGAAAACAUGAGAGACCUGGGCUUAUGUGACGCAAACCCUAUGUUCUAUGUGGAGUGGUUUUGUGGUCAGGAUUCAAGAUGUUUGACUGAUAAAGACUUUGCAAUGACUACUGCAAAGAAACACAUUGAUGAACAUGUACUUGUAGGAUUAACAGAGGAAUUUACAUAUACACUUGAAGCGCUAGAGAAACUUUUACCUGAAUUCUUUGCAGGAUUUUCUGAGAUUCAAGCUGGUUUAGUUAUUAACCUUAAUACAGGUUUAAACAAAUUAAAAAAUGAAACAGUUUCUCCUGAUUUUGUUGACUCAAUGAAGACAAAAAUGAAAUAUUCGUAUGAAAUAUAUGGGUAUGUGAAGCAGAAAUUUCAUUUAACAUUACAGAGAUUAAAUAUAACUAAAUCUAGGACCUGAGUUUUGGGUUUUUUAUCUUGGAAAUGUUUAUAACUUAUAACUGAAAGGUGAAAUGAGGCAUCAUUAACAGGUGAGAUGAUUAGGUUAAAGGAGGUAGAGGUAUCUAACUACAUUUGGACUUCAUUCAUGUCUGAAAAAAUUAAUUCCAGUAAACUUUUGGGGAGACAGUUACCCUGUUUGCCGAAUGCCUGGAUAUGCCUAUGUACUCUUAUUGACAAAUCCAAGUGACAGAAAUAAUUACAGGUUGACUUGCUCAAUUUUCAAAUACUUUAUAACCCUUACUAUCACACUGUAAUAAUAAUUAACCCGAGUAUCAGACAUAAAAAACAUAUUGACUUGAUUAACCUAUCAAUAUAUGAGGCCAAUACAAUAAAUUGUUUAGUAACCAAUUU